GCCCGUGACGUCACUUCCUGCGGCACGCAGGAAACAAGCGUCCAGUUCACGCGAUAAUAAUUAGGACAAAGCGAUGCUUAGUGGGACUUGUAGUCUUUUUUCCCCCUCUGUCUUCGGGUUUGUCGUUCCAACCUCUAUCUCACACCCACCCCCGACUCCAGAUUGGGAUAUCUGGGUGCGUGGCGGGGUGGGCGGUCCCAUUUUUAGUCUUGGCCGCAAGAGUUUCAUAGUGACAGAGGGGUGGGGGAGAGACACUUUUUUCAUUGCUCCGAGGACCGCUGCCAAAGAGACGCAGUAGUCCCACUCCCUUUUUGGAAGCCGGGAGAGGGCGGCUUGUGUCCGCCAUGUUGGUGAAAGUAAACGUAGGCGACCGGAGUUCCAGGACUGUCUGCUUUGCUGGCUGAAGUCCGCCAUAUUAAUAAAGAGACAGGGAGGACUGACACCCCCCCAUCCCCCCAUUGACAAACCCGUUUAUCCCACUCGGCUUUCACGACUCCUCUCGGUGGGCCCGUCCCCUGCCUCGCUUGCCUAGCGUUUGCCCGAAGGAAGCGUAGCAGCCGGCGCCUCAGAACAGGCUUAAGGCAGCGCCGAAUGAGGGGGAAAGGGAAAUGCCGACCAAUUGCGCCGCGGCGGGCUGUGCUACUACCUACAACAAGCACAUUAACAUCAGCUUCCACAGGUUUCCUUUGGAUCCUAAAAGAAGAAAAGAAUGGAUUCGCCUGCUUAGGCGCAAAAAUUUUGUGCCAGGAAAACACACUUUUCUUUGUUCAAAGCAUUUUGAAGCCUCCUGUUUUGACUUAACAGGACAAACUCGACGACUUAAAAUGGAUGCUGUUCCAACCAUUUUUGAUUUUUGUACCCAUUUAAAGUCUAUGAAACUCAAGUCAAGGAAUCUUUUGAAGAAAAACAACAGUUGUACCCCAACAGGACCAUCUAAUUUAAAAUCAAACAUUAGUAGCCAGCAAGUACUACUUGAACACAGUUAUGCUUUUAGGAAUCCUAUGGAGGCAAAAAAGAGGAUAAUUAAACUGGAAAAAGAAAUAGCAAGUUUAAGAAAGAAAAUGAAAACUUGCUUACAAAAAGAACGCAGAGCAACACGAAGAUGGAUCAAAGCCACAUGCUUGGUGAAGAAUCUGGAAGCAAAUAACAUAUUACCUAAGGGCACAUCAGAACACAUUUUACCAACUGCCUUAAGCAGUCUUCCUUUGGAAGAUUUCAAGAUUCUUGAACCUGAUCAACAAGAUAAAACAUUACCAAUUCUAUAAAACAUUCCUUUAAGAGUAGCCCACAAAGAACUUGAUGCCCAUCCUUCAUUCUAUUCAAAGGUAAAAAUAUUUAAGGAAAUUAUGCCAAAAUUGGGUAUUUAAUAAAGUUUUACUUGAAGUACCAUUAUUACUGUAUAAUUUAUGAAGACUUGAUUAUUAAAAAAAUGAAACUUUCUAUGAAACUUAUAUUUGAAAAAGAAUGGAAGUGCCUUACAUGAGAAUUAUGUACUUAAAAAUUUUGCUAGGAAAUUGUAUGUUUACAAGGUGUUUUGUGUUUUUGUCUUUUAAAACUACUUUUAAAGAACUGUCUAUGACAAUGUUUAAUUUCUAAUAGAAAUUUUUUUUUCCUGUACCAAUGUUGGGAUAUUACAUUCUAAAUAGGAUGGUAAGUAAGAAUUAACCAACAUUAAAUAUGACUUUAAAACUGCUGGGUUUUGUAUUAAUUGAACUAUUACUGGCACUGUGAUUGGGAAAUUUUAUAAGGAAAAAGUCUGAGGUACAAGGAAAAUUCUGUUAUUUAAACUUUCUGUGUCUGCUCACUAACAAAAGUGAUAAAAGUCAUGGCCUCCUUCAUGAAAAUAUUAGCUUUUAAAACAGAUUAUAUAAUAUUUUGAAUGUGAAAUGCUCUUGAGUCAUCCAAGCAAGGUAAGGCCUCAAGUAACUGAGACUAGAAAAACUGAUAGCCAGUUGUAUGUUGUGAAAUAAUGUAGACAUUGUGAUCUAGCUUUUACCUUAGUUAAACAAAUAGAUAUAUUUAUAUUACUUUUUUCUCAUAAUAAAAAUUCCACAUUUUCAAUUUUAAAGUUGGUCCACUAAUUAGGCAAUGUGAUGCAAAGUUCCAUGUUAGUAAUAACCUCCUCUACCGCCAUUAAUAUUGUAUGUAUCAAUAUACAUACCAAAACUCGUAAGCUUUUUUUUAACCCCAAAAGUCCACAUUAGGAUUUUAUCACAGAAAAGCACUUACCAAAUUUUAUCUUCACAACUUAUAACUUAAAACAGAAUCAAUUUAUUGUACCUAUCAGCUUGUUUUAUCUCCUUUUUUAACAAGUCAAAUAGAACAACUGUGUCUCAUAAGGGAAGGGAAAUGUAUUUUUCUAUAAAAAUACAUGUGUCUGAUAAAACUAUGAAAAUGCUAAUUAUUUUUAAAAAUAGAAUAUGAGAACUAUGGGGGCACCUGGGUGGCUCAGUGGGUUAAAGCCUCUGCCUUCGGCUCAGGUCAUGAUCCCAGGGUCCUGGGAUCAAGCCCCACGUCGGGCUCUCUGCUCACGGGGGAGCCUGCUUCCUCCUCUCUCUCUCUCUGCCUGCCUCUCUGCCUACUUGUGAUUUCUCUCUCUCUGUCAAAUGAAUAAAAUCUUAAAAAAAAAAAAAAGAAUAUGAGAACUAUGAUAGUUGCCACUUGAACUAAUUAAAGAGUUCACCUUAUUUCACCAGAUAAAUUUUUAAUUUUAGUAAGAAUCCUUUCCUUUAAAUAGCUUUGGGCAAAUCACAUUAAAAUUAUUAAUGCGUAAUAAUCAAGUUACUCAGUUUUAGUUCAAGCUUCUGACACUACCAUAUGAAAGCAACAUGUAUAUGCUGAACCAAAAUUGUUAGAAAUUUUUCCUUUAAGGUAAUGGUUGUUUUAUUUUAUAAAGAAUUUUGGGGAGGGAGGAUUGGGUUGUGUUUGUUUUGUUUUGUUUUGUUUUUGGUGACAUUUGCUUGGAUCCUAUCGGUAGUCUUUUUACAAUAUUAGCAACCUUUCUUUCUUUUUCUUUUUUUAAGAUUUCACCUAUUUAUUUGACACAGAGAGAGAGAGAGAGAUCACAAGUAGGCAGAGAGAGGGUGGGAAGCAGGCUCCCCGCUGAGCAGAGAGCCCCAUGUGGGGCUCAAUCCCAGGACCCUGAAUUCAUGACCUGAGCCAAAGGCUGAGGCUCAACCUACUGAGCCACCCAGGUGCCGCAGCACCCUUUCUUUUCAUAACAAAUGCCUCCCAAGCAACUAGAUUCACAAAGGCAAAGGUAAGAAAAGUCUGUGUGGUUAUCCUGGGGCACUUUAAACAAAUAUUUUUGAAAAUCCUCUUGUGAGUAUUAUAAACCUCCUUAAGUCAUUUUUUCCCAAAUAUUGGACAUAGCUCCUUGAAAUUGUCAUUCCAUCUUUUUUUUCUAAUAUGGUGUCAAAUAUCUCUUCACUUACUGACCAUAGCUUUUAUACCUCAAAAUAAGCUGAGUAAAUAAUCAUCUAAACCUAAACUGUGUUUUCCAAGUAUAAACUCUCAUGUGGUUCAUCACCCCUACCCUAUAUAAAACAAAAUAGUAAUUAAUGCAGGCUCAUUCCCAUCUACAAUAGUAUCUUGAUAUCGUAAUAUAACAUUUUAAAAAUCACAAAAAUAAGACAUAAAAUACAAGCUUUUAGCAAAGUUAACUAGACUUCAUUAUUAUUUGAGACUACUGAAUAAACUACCACUAAGUAAUAUUAAAGUACAUUUUUUUGGUGUUUUGUCCUUGUCAUUUUCACGUUACUGUCCUGAUAACAUGCUCCAAAUUCUCCCUGAAUCAAAUUAUUUCAUUAACAAACAUAAAUCUGUCUACCUUCAAACUAGUCUCAUUCAUAGAGAAAAACCUAAAUCUUUUUAAAUCCUGUUUUCUGUUGUUGAUAAACUUAUCAGUUUGACCACCUACCAUAAAAAUAAAGCAGCUCUUUUUCUUCUGCUGGACCCAACACAUAUCCUCUGUUCAUUUUAUGUGCUACUCAUUCUAUGCCUGCUAGGCACUAACCUCUAUGAAGAACCAGACAAGGGCUAAUGACUUGACUCAAAGAAGACAUGAUUAUCUGCCCUUAAGUUCCUCAAAAGUCUUCUGAGAAAAAAAUAUAUAUUUGUAAUACAAUAUGAUAAAUACUAUUAAAGAAAUCUACGUGAAGUGCUUUGGUAAAUGCUGUUGAAUUGGAAUUUUAAAAGAUAUAAACUUUAGACCUUUUUCCAAAAAACUUUUCCCCUGAAACAAAACUGAUUUCUUCUUAUGACUUAACCAAAGGAGACAGAAGAAUAUCAGAAUUGACCUGAAUUAUAUACAGUGUUCUUUUAAUGAGUUAUAAGACAUUUUUCAACUUCAACUUGAAAAUGAACACUGAACAAAUUGUUAAUGGUAUCAUUUUAACAGGAAAAUACAACUAAAUACUGUAUCAGCCAAGUACUCAAGUUUAUUUGACAUUUGAUAUUUUUAUAAAAUAACAAACUUUGCUAAAAGAUUUUUACAAAUAAUUUAGUUCAGCGUCUGAAGUUUAACAAAUCACUAUGGCAUCCAUUUGAUCUCUUAUUGUUUACAAAUAUUCUGUGCCGUAAGUAGCAUUAUCUCCCAAUUUACAAGUGAAGAAAUCCUUGUUAAUGUUAUUUAUUUAUUUAGAUGUUUAAAAUGUGCCAAGAGGCACAAAGGAUAGAAGUGCCAGCAAUCUAGGAAGUGCAAUCCCUAGAUUGAGCAAUGGUCUUCAGCCUUCAAAUCCUUUGCUUUGCCCUCCACAUUAUAACUCCCAUCCAACAUAUGAAUCAUGUUACUAAAGUAGGACAAGUCGUGUGUCUCAAAAAAUUAAAAUAAAAAAUUUUACAUAUGUAGUUAAGAUCAUCUAUGAAAUCACUGUAGAUCUUUUCUAGGUAGAUUUUAUAAUGUUGGUAAAUUAUCUCAGUUCUCAAUGUUAGAAUACGGGUAAAUUUUAAUGUUGGUAUAAUAGAGAAAAUAGUUCAUCUUUAUGCCAGAAUAUGGGAUUCUGUAGGUAUUUAGACAGUUGAAAACUUCCUAAAAUUAAUCAUUUUAUAAUGUAUAUUAAACAAUUACUAUUGUAUUCUGAGAAUGUUAUUAAAAAUUUUUUUACAAGGAAA